AUGGCCGCCCCCAACGAUGCUGAGCAUGAGAUGACCUUCGAUUCGGCCGAUGCCGGUGCCUCUCUUACCUACCCUAUGCAGUGCUCUGCUCUGCGUAAGAACGGUUUCGUCGUGAUCAAGAACCGCCCUUGCAAGAUCGUCGACAUGUCCACCUCCAAGACCGGAAAGCACGGUCACGCCAAGGUCCAUCUCGUUGCUACCGACAUCUUCACUGGCAAGAAGUACGAGGAUCUUUCUCCCUCUACUCACAACAUGGACGUCCCCAACGUCUCUCGUCGCGAGUACCAGCUGCUCGACAUCUCCGACGACGGUUUCCUCUCUCUCAUGACCGAUGACGGUGACACCAAGGACGAUGUUCCUCUUCCCGACAACGAGGUUGGCCAGAAGAUCACCAAGCUCUUCAAGGAGGAGGAGAAGGACACCAACGUUAUCGUUCUCACCUCCAUGGGCGAGGAGUGCGCUAUGGAAGCCAAGGAGGCCCCCAACCAGGUGCGGAUUAUGGAUGAGAGGCGAGAUCUUCGCAAGUUUCCUCGUGGGGAGAGAUGUCCAGAAUGUGGUGCUCGAAGAUGGUAUUUGGAGAAUGGUCUGCGCUUCUGCUCCAACGGACAUCAGGUUGAGGGAUUCAUUCAAUUCGACAUUGGUGAUGAUGUCGAUGCUGGUCAGCUUGGUAAAAAGACAAAGAAAGACAAGGAGGUCAAGGAAAAAGAGCUACGCCACCUCACAGGGCAAGCAGGCAAGAAUCUAUUUCUCGAGUGUCUACAACUAGUGCUGAGGCGGCAGCUCCUUUGGCUCGUUCAGAGCAAAGGUCAUCGAGAAGAGCUUGAGACUGUCGUGCGCGAUCUGUGGGAUCUUCGUAUUCGAGGCUCUGGGGCUCUCCUGGCUGAGGAGGAAACACAACAAACGGGCGAUGGCCUUGCGACAUUCAGUUCGCAGCCUACAGGCACAGAAAAAGAUGAUACGCCAAAGAUGCAGGGCAUAAGAGCUCGUAGCUGGAAUCCAGAGGACAACCCAGAUUGGCCUGUGCCGAGAAUGAUUGAAACCCUGGCCUUGUGCUAUCUUGGAUGCUUGUUGCUCAGGAUACCUACCACGAUUGGGGAGCUUUGCGCCUGGGCCAAUUCAAGACGAAUGCCUUAUAAACGAUCUUACUACGAUCUUCCCGAAGAAAUGCAAGAUCGACUGCCAUCUGCUUAUACUAGGGCCCUCAAAUUACCCCUGCGCUCGUCUCUCAGAGGCAUCGACAUGCACAAUGCUGUGCUAGAUCUCGCACUCUCAUAUCAUCACAACUAUGGAAUGAUUUUCCCAGCUAUCAGUGAUACACCAACCAUUGUGCACUUUGUCAGGCAACUCACUUUACCAGGCAAUGGAAACGCUCAUCACAGCAAGAAGCAUACUAUCGACUAUCCCGAGAUCUUGCUCAUGUCAGCUAUUGUGGUUGCAGCAAAGCUGUGCUUUCCGUUAGGACAACACGCCCCUUUUCUUCGCGCCGCUACCACAGAGCAGAGUAUCAAGUUCGACUGGAUAAUAUGGCUCAAAGGCGCCCAAGAAUUAACAGAAGCAUCUCAAACACCUGGGAAGGAGCCCAGCUUCGAUCAAGCUACCGCUGACCAAGUUACUUCAAUGACGACAGAAGAGCUUGACCAGUACUUUGCUCAUAUUGCGAGCACCAUCGACAGGAAGAAUGAUUCGGAAAUCACCAGGUUCUUUCCAUCAGAGAAGGCUCCUCCUCCAGAGGCUCCUACAAGAGAAAACACUGAACAAAAUAAUGACCACAAGAUGCGGAAGAUCCUUGGUCAAGCAAUUACAGUAAAAGGGGAAGAGGGGUCAGAACAAGACGGGGAAACACUGGCAGAACCAAGUUAUGAAACGUUCCGUUCGGUUGAGGACCUUACAGAGACAGCGCAGGCAUUGUACAAAGCUGCUGUGCAGAUUUUCGUGAAGACCCUGACGGGCAAGACCAUCACCCUCGAGGUCGAGUCCUCGGACACCAUCGACAAUGUCAAGUCCAAGAUCCAGGACAAGGAGGGCAUCCCCCCUGACCAACAGCGACUGAUUUUCGCUGGUAAGCAGCUCGAGGAUGGCCGAACUCUCUCCGACUACAACAUCCAGAAGGAGUCCACCCUUCACCUCGUCCUCCGUCUCCGUGGUGGUAUCAUUGAGCCCUCGCUCAAGGCCCUUGCCUCCAAGUUCAACUGCGACAAGAUGAUCUGCCGCAAGUGCUACGCUCGUCUCCCUCCCCGUGCCACCAACUGCCGCAAGCGCAAGUGUGGACACACCAACCAGCUCCGACCCAAGAAGAAGCUCAAAUAA